AUGAGAACAGCUUGCAUCCUUGCAGCCCUCUUGGCUGCUUGCACACCCGCACUGGCAGGUCUCGAAGCCUGCAAGAUCAGCAAGAAGCUAGACGCCAAGAACUUUGACUCUGUCAUCGGUGCAGGCUCAAAGGGCACCCUCGCCGCUUUCUUCGCUCCCUGGUGCGGACACUGUAAGACGCUGGCGCCCACUUGGGACAAGGUCGCCCUCGAUUUCGCAGCAGAAGAGGGCUGUCAGGUAGCGCAUCUCGACGCAGACGCAGCGGAGAACAAGCCGACUGCGAGCAAGUACGGCGUACGCUCGUACCCUACCAUCAAAUGGUUCCCUGGAGAUGGCAGUGCACCCCAGGACUAUUCCUCCGGACGAACAGAGGACAGUCUGCUCGAGUUCCUCAACAAGAAGUGUGGCACCUCGCGCAUGCCAGGCGGCGCGCUCUCCGACUCGGCUGGUAGGAUCCCCACACUCGAUACGCUAGCAGGCAAGUUCCUCGGCUCGACCAAUGCCGCCCGGAUAGAACUCGUCAACGAGGCCAAGACGUUUGCAGAAUCGCUGACCAACUCGAGCGCAUCUUACUACGUCAAAGUCAUGAACAAGCUUGCCGUCUCGUCUGACUACCUCGAAACGGAGAGCAAGCGGUUGAGCAAGCUGGCAGAAAAGAAAGGUCAGCUGGCGGGCAGGAAACUCGACGAGCUUCAGAUCCGUCAGAACAUCCUCAAGGCUUUCAAAGCCGUUCAGGAUGCAGUAGACGAAGGCACAGAUGCCGCCAAACAAAAGGCAGACGAUCUGCUCCAAAAGCUCAAGGAAGAACUAUAGGCUCACACGACCAACGCUAGUAACGAUGAAUUGCAUCUUCGUCUUUUCGCAUGAUCGCUCGUUUCCAAGCUCAUGCAGCUCUUUCUAGCUUGGUGAAGUCGACCGUGCGAGCAUUGAAAGCCAGCACGAGGGGACGACCGCCAUAGGAAUAGCCCUGGAACUUCGUAAUGGCAGUUUGAGCAUCGUCAGCUGUAGCAAAUUCAACGACGCCUGUGCCCUUGGCGCGACCAUUCUCCUGAGUGGCUUCGGCAUGGAGGACAGUUCCGACCGUUUGGAAGAGCUCGACGAGAUCCUCAUUGGCAGUAGACCAGGGUAGCUGCUCAUCUAUCAGCCAUUGGCGAUGAUACAUCAAGUCACACGAACAUUCUUGACGAAGAUUUGGGGAGACGGGUCGAUGUUGGCGAAGCGAUCCGGACGAGGUUCGCCCG